UUAGUUGACUCAUCUUUCCAGUUAAGUUUAUUUCUAAAUAAAAUAAACGAAGCGGGCAGCGUGCUAUCUAUCUCUCAAAAAAAGAAAAAAAUUGAUUAUGAUUGACAGACCAAAAUUUUUCUUAUGUGAAGGAAUUAAUAAAGUUCAUAGCAUGUUAAUUUGCAGGGGUCUACAAUAAACAACAAGAUGGUUAACCACUCAAUCUUAUCUAUUAAAACGAGAUAAAUGGCCCUGAUUAACUACGAAAGUUUCUAAUAUAAAAGUAAAGUUGACUUUGAAUGAUUAUUAUUCACUUAUUGAAUUUUCUUUUGUAUAAAUAAAAAAUAUUGUAGCUUGUAAAGAUUUGAGCUUUCUAGCAUAGAUAACUUAGAUUUUAGUUUUUCAGUCAAAUGGUUUCGACCUAACAGAUUAUUCGUAUAGUGGACGAAUAAUAUCCCAAUUACAUUUCAAACUUGAAAAGGCUUCCUUUGUAAUUUUCUAUAUGUAAACCUUUGGGGUACAUUGCUUAUCCAAUCCUUCAAAUUAACAUUCUCUCUUAACCAGUGGCGGCCAUGUGGUGGAUAAUCUGGCAUGAAAAAAAUAAUAUUAUUUUUCGAAACUUAUCUCUAAACGCUAUUUCUAUUGUCCACCGUAUUGAAGUACUUGUGAAAGAUUAGGCCUCUUGUUGUAAAGUCGGAUGAUGUCAGUAUUUGUUGCACCCUUCAUUCUGACGGCUGUUUUUGUCUUUAUCGUAAAUUGUUUCUUCUACUUCCCAUUGACAUUUUGCCGCCUUGAGGUCUUUGCUAUUUCACUAUUUAUAGCUAAAUUCAAUUACUUAAUGAAUAAGUUAUCUUAUCUUUUUCUCAAAAAAAUCACAUUCUCUAUUAACUGGCUUAACUUGUUCUAUGGUUACUGUAUAUUCCUUCGUUACACUCGAACUGAACAUACAAGGCAACGGCAACUUGUACUUAGCUAGCGUACUUAAUUUUUGCCUUGUUUGUACAUCGAAUUUAAAAUAUAUAAUGACGCCAUUUAAUUAAGUAUAAUUCUUAUGCUACGUACGAUUAGAUUUUUAAACGUUUGCACAGUUGCAGUUUUGUAUUGCCAAAGUACGUGUGUGCCUCUAUUUUAUUUUAAAUCAAAGCAACAAAUAAAACAUUUUUAUGCCGGAUUUUGUCGCGUUAGUGAGCAUAAUCCCACCUAGAAGCCGCAUAUACCGUUAAUCCUUGAUAAUUACUUGUAUAAAUAGCAUUAAUCUCCUAUGUUUAUGCAACCACACAAAUUGAGAAAUUACUGUUACAUAAGCUAUGACAAUGAGUGUUGGUACGAGGAGCUUGUCCACGGCUUUGCUGCUUUUCGCUGCGGCGGCGGUGGCCGCAACCGCGCAGCAGGCGUUUGACGUGCAGGCAACGUUCAACUACUACUACCCGGCGCAGAACAAUUGGGACCUGACGGCCGUCAGUGCGUUCUGCGCCACGUGGGAUGCCAGCAUGCCUCUGUCGUGGCGAGAGAAGUACGGCUGGACCUCGUUCUGCGGUCCCGUCGGCCCCACCGGCGAAGCCGCAUGCGGCUUGUGCCUCUUGGUGACAAACACCGCAACCGGGGCGCAGUUGACGGUGAGGAUCAUGGACCAGUGUUCGAACGGAGGGCUCGAUUUGGAUCAGGGUGUGUUCGCUCAGCUGGACACUGAUGGGAGUGGCUAUGCCAAUGGCUUUCUAACUGUCAACUACGAGUUCGCGGACUGCGGCGAUUCCUGAUUGUUUGAUUUCGCUGAAGAAUUUCUGCUGAUUAUUUAAUUCUGCAUUGUGAUUCAUUCCUAUUAGAUUGAUGAUGAUGAUUGUUAUUAUUAUUUUCAUUCAAAUCGAACCUAAUUAAGCUAAAUGCUAUCAAAUGUUUUUAUAAAUUUUGACUAAGAGGUUGAAUAACAAAAAGUUCAACAACAAGGAGCAAAUUUCUUGGUCAGAAACAAGGGGAAGCGCCUCUGAUGAACCCCUUCUGCUACACAAACAUGACGAAGAGAUAAAUUUAAACUCUUAAACAUCAACUCUUUAUUUCAAAACAAAUCACCAAUAAUCAAACAAAAACCAAUUCUAAA